AUGCAAUGCUUAAACGAUACGUUAAUGCUGAAUUCCACCGACCCGGCACUUUGUCCCAACCAGACCGGCAACGCCUCAACCCCCGCCGACCUGGCGGCGCCCUGGACAUACGCCCCCAUCUUCACCAUCAUCGUCUUCACGCUGGUGGUGGUAUCCAACGUCCUGGUGAUCAUGCUCUUAUCGCGCAAGUUCUCCUUCAGCAGCCGGCCCUUCACGCUGUACCAGGUCAACCUGAUGUGCGCCAACCUGCUCUUCGUCCUGGCGCAGAACCCCCUGGACAUCUACAACGACCUGCACGCCACCUGGGCCAUCGGGGAGGGCGCGUGUAGUCUGUACCUGUACGCCAACUACCCGCUGGCCGCCGGCGUGGUGCAGUCCCACCUCCUCAUCACCACCAACCGCCUCUGGGCCAUGACCUUCCCGCACCACUACCGCACGCACCACUCCCUAAGGGUGGCCGGGGCGCUGUGUGCCGGCAUGUGGGUGUACGUCCACGUGUGUCUGGGAUCGGGAUGGAUCUUGGACGCCGCUUAUUACCGACUUCCGGUGCUGACCGGCGGUUGUAAUCUGAACGUGGCGGUGCCGGGGCAGCGCCUGUGGGGCAUCAUCACGCAGUUCCUCAACUUCAACAUCCCCAUCUUCCUGAUGGCGGUGGCCUACCUGCGCAUCUACGUCGACUGGCGCCGCCGGCAGGCCAAAGCCGCCGGGCCCAACGGCGAGCGCAGCCUGUACAUGGCCACCAUGCAGAAGCGCAGCCGCUCCGCCUCCGACUCCGAGGGCGGCCGGCCCACCCGCACCGCGCCCACCGUCUCCGGGACGGCCACCACGGGCGGCGGUCACUCGCAUCCCAGCGAGGUGAAGGCGCGCAAGAACGUGCACGGGUUCCUGGUGCUGACGCUGGUGACGGGCAGCGUGAUGGUCAACUGGAUCCCCUCGCAGGGCUACUACACCGCCGUCCUCUUCACCGACCAGGAUCUCAGCACGUUGUUCCGCGUCAGCUGGAUCUUGUGGUCGCUGCAGGCGGCGCUCGAUCCCUUCUUCAUGGCGCUCAUGCUGGACGACGUCCGGCUGUUCCUGGCGCGCCGGUUGCGGGGCUUCGAAAGGUCAUCCGCCGACUGCGCCCCGGGGCGGCGCCGCGAAAAAUCGCGCCCGGCUUCUUCGCCACCAGCUCCAGAAGUGGAGCGUGCAAACGAGCACGACAACGUCCAAGACGAUUUCCGGUGGAAGACAACUUUGCAGGCUUGCGUGCUGCUGCUGUGA